CUUGCCCUGAGCGCUCCUGCAACGCUCGGACUGGCCACUUGUGGCGCUGCACGAGGGGAGGUGUAAGGCCUCAGGCUAUCGAUGGCGACUGGAGGGAGAUUGUCCAGAAAUCACAUUUCUAGUAAAUUUUCACAAGUACCAGGGUCUCUAACAUAUCCAAACAGGACGAGAAGAAGAUGCUGUCAAAUUUGCAUUCUUUUGGAAAAGGUGGAGAAACAGGCAGAGACAGCGUCUUUCAGUGAUGUAACUAUAUCCAGACAUGCAGCAUUACAGAAUUGUCACUGCACAGUAGGAGGCCAUUCGGCCCACCGUGUCUGUGCCAGCUCUCGAAAUUAUAAAAAAGUAACAGGACGUGAAGCUUUGGAGAAAUGUAAAAUGGUGUCUGCCCUGAAAGCAGGAGAGGACAGGGCCAUAUUUCUGGGCCUGGGAAUGCUGGUGUGCUCGAUAGUGGUUGCAUUCCUUUUAGCAUCGAGAUUAGUUCAAUCCCACAAAGACAGUGUUUGGACACAGGAAUCGACAUGCACUGUCCUUGAAACCAGAAUUACAAAUUGUAAGAAAUGCAUACACAACUGCGUGUCAAAAUGUUGGAAGCCAUCAGAGUAUCCUUGCGUGCAAAUAUAUGUCAAUCUAUCCUCAACAGGGUCGAGGGUUUUGCUACACCACACACACGAAAGUGUGCGCUUUAAUCCGGAGUGUUUCUGUGCUACAAAGUGUAGUAAGAAUCGUGCAGAAACUGAAAUGCUCAUAGCUUCUAUUACGGAAAAUAGCACGCAAUUCCAGCCUAUUUCUUUUCCUUGUUACUAUGACCCAGAAGGACGACAAAAUAAUGUUCUCUUGACAAGGUUUGAUUUGUCUAAUGCUAUGUUACAUUUGUCUUUUUGGCCUUCUUGUAUAUUUCUUGGUGGAAUUGUAAUUAUUGUCAUGGUAAAACUGACACAGUACCUGUCUUUGCUCAGUGAACAGUCACAGAUGAGAAAAAAAUAGCCUGUUUUCUCCUAAGUUCCUUAAGAAUUUACAUGUAAAAAUGUUACCAGAAAAGAAUUCCAUUUCUCUGUUACACAUUUUCAAAUAAAUUUUACUAGAAUGU